AUGAAAGAAUGGCAUAAUUCAUAUGACAGAAUGAAUUUACAAAGUUCAAUCGUUCACGAAACUGAUACACGAAAUAGUACAGAAUUGACUGUAUUCGAUGGAUCUCGAGAAGAUGACAGUAAAUUAGCAAAACAAUUUUGGAAUUCAGUGGUACUUAUACCACCUGUUGAAUCCACACUUGUUUGUAAAGAAAUCAAACAACGUACAAGAAGUCGAACAUUAAACGAAGGAAUAACGAAACAUAAAAUAUUUGAUGAAGCAGCUGCAUUUCAAAAUGUUGAAGAUGAAGCCAAACGAAUAAAAGCUGUUGAAAAACGACAUCAACAAGUACGACAACUAUUUUAUAAACAAGCCAAAGCUAAUAGAACUAAAAAAGAACAAUGGGUUAUUCCUCAAGUUGGUGACUAUCUUAUUAAUAUACAUCAUCAAGGAACAACGAUGGCUCUUCACAAAGAAACCGAUGAGAGAGAUUUUGAUGACGAUGAACGACAAUUAGUUUGUUCUUUACCAGAUUAA